ACAGCUGCUUUUUUUUUUGUCGUGUUCGUGUUUUCUCGGAGAUAACUACAAUCUUAGAGGAGAAAAUGGAGGCUUUGGGAGACCAUCUGAAGGUGAUGGUUAAAAUCUUCAGGAGAGAGUGCCAUGGUGUUUUAAAGUCUGAGAGGACCACCAUUCAAGGAGCUGAUGAGAUGCUGAUGAUUCUGCAGCUGGUCAUGGCAGAAGUUAAUAAGCAGCACGGCGGAGAGUUCAAAGUGGCUCUGAGUGAUGUCCUGAUGGCCUGGAAACACUUACUGUUAGACAAACUUCACCUGCCACCCCCCAACUUUGCACGCUUGGAGAACUAUGAUCUCAUCCUGGAGGCAUACGAAUCCUUCCUGAAGCGCUCCAACACUGUGGACCUGGUUGAUAUCCUCUCCAUGUACAAACAGCUGAGACUAGUGGACUCGGACCCACAGGAGCCUGUGAGCCCGAUCCAGCUGUUUGAGUUCUUAUCGGGCAACAUGGAGGUCUCAGAGUUGCCAGGCUCCUCAGUCCCAUCAACACCAUCUAGUAAAAGCAGGCCCUGCAGCUCACAGAUGAAAAUGGCAGUGAGGAGGGUUUUCUGCUCCUAUCUGAAUUUGCUCGUGAACUCCAAGAACGACAUGGCCUUGGCGCUGACCCUGGACGUCCCCAGUCGCUCUCUUGGACGACAAGCAUUUACCGACAUAAAGCAUGCUGCACGCAAAGACAACACUUCUCUCUUCUUGGCUGUGACAUCUUUUGUGAGGGCCAUCCAGCUGGGAGGGAAGGGCUACGCUCCAGCUGAGUCCGACCCACUGAGGAAACAUGUCAAAGGCCUGUCUGACUUUGUCCAGUUUCUAGACAACCUGGAAGAAAUACUGGGGGAGAUUCCUGACCCAAGUGUAUGUGGAGCCAGGCUGGUGACUGCCAUCAGGGCAGCGCUGGUGAAGGGACGCAGCAGCGGAGAUGUGGUGUACGUCGCUGCCGAGGAGACGACAAAGGAGCUGAAGGAGAGGAUCUGCCAGCUACACCAGAUCCAGAAACAGACUGCUAAUGGAAGCGGGACGGGGAUAAGCCCUGCCAGGCCAAAGGCUUACGCAGUCAAUCAUGCCACUGCGUACGGAGGUCGGGACACUGUGAAGGUGCUGAUGGCUCUGCUGGAUGAAGAAGCGUUGACUCCUCUGUGUCAGAACAAGGCAGACCUGCUGUCUGAGGACCAGCCCGUCCUCAGUGAAGCCGAGGGGACCAGCAUCCUCACAUUGUUCAGAUCCCCUGAAGUGUCUACUGGAUGUUCUCCAGAACCUCUACGGAACCGAGUCCAGAGCCGGCUAGACCUGCUCAAACCCAAGGCCAAAGAGAGAGUCGUUCGUUCCCAGUUUGCGUGCACAUACAAAGAUGAAGAACUGCCACUCAACCGUGUACUGGAGUUCCCCAGCACCAGCCAGGUCCCUACCUGUGUGCACCCAGCACCCAAAAUCAUCCCAGCUGUAGAUGAGGAUGUGGAGGAGACAACCACAGCCAAGCCUCCCUCUGAAUGUCAAAAUAAGGAGCAGAGCGACGUGCGGCGGGGGGCUGCUAUUGGACAAAGAAGUGGAAAUGCCCAAAACAGAGCUGCGGGCCCGGGCAAUAGAAAGAAAACUAGCAUUCAGAUGCAGAACAAAGGCAACAAGAGGAAGCAGGUGGAUUCUGACCAACAUGGAGGAUCAGAGAAUGAGCCUCCACAGAAGAAGGCGCCCACUGGUGCCUCACUCAAAAUGCCUGGCAAGACUGUGAGCAAGGCCCCGGGUAAGAAGAAGCUGAUAGCUGGUCAAGGAAAGCUAACCAGCUUCUUCAGAGUCUAAUGAUGAUGAUCAUGAUGGUAUAGUGGCGUUCAUACAAAGCAGCUGAGUGUAAGCUGCAACCAGACUGCAACAGAACUUUUUUUCUGACUGAUUUGAAGCAAUAGCUCAAUAUUUUGGGCAAAUACACCCAUUUGCUUACUUGCUGUGAGUUAGAUGAGAAGAUCAAUGCCACUCUUUAUACACUAAGUAUGAAACUUGCAGGCGAUUAGCUUAUUUUAGCAUAGAGACUGGAAGCAGACCCAGGAUUCCCAGUCUUUAUGCCAAACUAAGCUGAUGACCCUGGUAAAGUUAUCUUCAUAUGUAGUGUACACAAGAGUGGUAUCAAUCUUCUCACAUUUAACGCAGUGUAUUUGCCCGAAAUAUUAUAUCCUGAACUAUUAAUUUAAUUAAUAAGUUUAUAAAAUGUCAAGAUGGUGGAUGAAAACUACAAAAUCCUGACCUCUGAGAAGCGUUAACCAGCAAAUGUUUGGCAUCUUGGCGUUAAAAGUUACAUAAACUUGCUCAUCAACAUUUUUUGCUUAAGCAAUUAAUUCACACCAAUUUACCCAUUCAGCUGUGUGGAAAAUGUGGCUGCAAUGUGAAUAGUUGACUUUGAUAGCAGAUCAUUGGGAGUCUGGAUUUUUCAAGACGAAUGUAUUUAAUCACUAGUUGUAUAGUUUAUCUAUUUAACCUGUAAAAUUCCACAGUGAAAUUAACUCUGUAAAUAUGAUGCACACUUUUCCUUUUAAAUAAACUUUUAUUUUA